UCUCUACUCUCUUGCCAAAAAUUUUGAUUUUGAUUUGAUGUUUGGAAGAAAAGCGAAUGUUCUGUAAUGUUUCGGAUUAAAAUAUUAUAUUAAUAUUGGCCUUGGGCGUUCUAUAAAUUAUUUUAAAAGAAUAUAAAGUUCUGCUAACGUCUGUAAAUCAAGCCGACUAAAGUUUGAAUCAUUUACAUAAGUUUUUUUGGGUGUGUGUAGGCUUCUGUCAGUGUUAUUGAUUUGUUAUAAUUUUCAAACUUGAACAAAGAUAGAUGUAGGAAAUGUGACUUUUAAAAUAAAAGUAUGAUAAAAGUACUCAUAUAAACUGUGGUGAUAAUGUAAUCAACAUGAAAACUAAAAGCUUCUUGCUGUUUUCUACGUCAGUGUUUGCAAUAAGUCUAUUCCUGAUAAUCUUCCACUCACAGCCGCCACAAUCGUUCCAAAGUAUUGUCACACAAACCCAUCAGCAUAUCAAGGAUUUUCAGGUUUCUCUGUCCCAGGAGCAGCUCCGUGAUGAGGAAGAGCAGCACCUGGUGCAGGAGGAGCGCUAUCUGCGGCUGGUGGGGCUGGAGGGGCAGACGGAGGCGUGGCACAACACCACAGUGCCCGUGCUCGUAACACACGCGAGGAAUGACGAGCAUGCGCUAGUGGUCGCGUUUGUGCGCGCCGCCGCCCGCCUGCCCUACACUGUGCUUGUCUAUAACUUAGGAUUGAAGCCCUAUUCCCUGGCUAUGGUGUCAAGCUACUGCAACUCAUCGAAGUGCGCCGUGGUGGACUUCGACCUGGAGCUGUUCCCCUCGCACGUGAGCGACGAGAGCAUCUCCGCGUAUCGGCCGCUCAUCAUUCAGCACGCGCUCAGCCGGGUGGGCGGGGUCAUCUACUGCGAGACGACGCAGCGCUGGACCGGCUCGGCCGGCGAGCUGGCGGCGCUGUGGGAGCGCGUGUCCAGCGCUGGCGGCGCGACCGGCGCGGGGGACUCGCUGGGCGUGCUGGGCUGGCUGCGCCACGCGGCCGUCACGUCGCUCACCCACCCGCGCAUGUUCCACUACUUCCACGCGAACACGGACGACUUCCUGUUCGUGCAGAUGCUCGACGUGUCGCGCUUGCUGGUCGCGGCGCGCCCGCCCGUCGCUGACGUCAUGCGACAGUGGAUACAGUGCGCGCUCACGCUGGAUUGCAUCAUGCCUAUAGGCGCGCAGUCAGGCGGCUGCCGCUUCGACAAGAAGCCUCAGUACCGGUACUCGGGCUGCCACGGCCAGGACGCUUCCGCGCUCAGCAUCAUCCUGGGAGUGCGGUCCGGGUAUGAGGAGUCAAGGUACGCGGUGCGAGGCGCGAAAGGAGGGUGGAGGAAGGUGGGAGCGGGCGCCGCCAAGGCGCUGUUCGCGAGUUUGCAGCAGAACGCCACGGACGAGGAACGCACCGAGCGAGUCGUCACCCCGCACGGGCCCCCCGUCGCCGUCCCCGUCACUUAACCGACCGCGCCCCUACUUAAUCUUUCACCUUUUACAGUUACACGUGUUAAGAAAAUACUGGUUCUCGAACUGUUAAAAGCCUGAUUCUCUCACGGCGAGUUCACACGGCCUCAAGUUUUGUCGGAUCUACUUUUUGACGUAUCCUGCAAAACUGGAUAGUAUGUUCACACAGAUGUCAUUUUUUUAAGAUACUGCGGUCCUUUUGCGGGAUUUUUGACCCCAGCGUGUGUGAGCACACGUAUUGAAAUACUGUUACCACUAAAUUGGAUCCUGCAUUAUUAAGUACGACCGGAUCUAUUUGUAGUUGCAAAAUCGGAUACCUUUAGUAAGAUCCUAUUUUUCGCCGGAUCAUGCAAUGGUAUGGUUGUGUGAACGUGUGCAUUGAAAUACUUGUUGCCACUAAAUCGGAUCCUACAUAAAUCAGUUCCCGCAAAGCGUCUGAUAUGUCUGUGUGAAUGGGGGGAAUCCGUAAAUGUGCGCGAAAAGUAACUUGUGACAUCUGAAGUUUCAUAAGGAAAUAGGUGUCAAAAAUGUAAUUUUUAGCCUUUAGUAUUAUUCUGGGGGUCUCCCGAGACAUGAGUAGUCACAAAGACAAAGGAUGGAUGAAAGGGAGGGUUGGUUUACAGCAGGGUAAAAAGGCGAUGUUUGGAGACGAGUCGGCUUUACGGUAGCACCUACAUAUCCAACUAAUCAAAGUCAUUAGUUCUGCUGGUCGGAUAUCCCUCCCCCGCCUCGUCCCUGUGACCUGUAGCUUUGGCUCUGUAUAGGCCGACUGUGUAAAGUAUCUCUAUAGGCUGUGCCGGUAGUGUUAUGAGGGUUCUUUUUCAGAAACAGUUAAGCAUUGAAAUAGUGCAUAUUUUAUGAACCUUUGAGAGUCUAAUAUCAUCGGUUAAAUGUAAAUUUUUUAUCAAUACACACGAAGUCUACUGUCAGUGGAUACGAAAGGUAAAUACUAAAUAGAUAUUCAUGUCUUAUAACAGAGCCAAAGAGAGAUUACGUUUUUGACAUCUGUCAGUUACAAAAUAAUGCUGUGUGCUCUCUCGCGCAUGGUACUUUGAUAAAUCGCAAACAUUUGGAAAACUUGAUGCAUUUCUGAUACAGACGUAUCAGCGAAAGUUGCUCAGUCUAUUAUAAAUAAUAAUAGUAUGAUAAUAAUGAAACGUCAAAAACGAAAUCUUUCGUUGGUUCUUCAAUAGCUAGUGAUAUUUAAUGCUUUGCACAACUUUCUAAAGAACAUACCAGCGUUGUGGAUAUGGUAGGUAAAGUUGAAUUCAUAAAUAUCCAUAUUUGUCGCGGCAAGCAUCACUAUCGCCAGCUAUAACGCGUGUUAAUCGUACUUUUGAAAUGACAGUUGACAGAUGGUGCUGUCAUUGUUACUUCAUGCGCAUUAAAUGCUAUAUCGCUUCUUGUCACGAACCUUCGGAUUUUAACAGCUUUGGCUUCCAUCGAGGCGCUCGGACGUCCAACGAUGAGAUGUAGAGAAACCGGAGCUUCUGUGACGCUUUCGCCUCUGAAGGAACUAUUGUAUAUCGAACUUCGCUAGAAAGAGAUUUCUGCUUUGUGCUCAUGUGACUUUUCGACUUUUGUUGGUCUCAACGACAGAGACAAUGCUCUACAAAACCUACGUUAUCUCUUUCUAAAGUUCGAUAUGCAACAUUUCCUGUCGCAUGCUGCAGAUAUUGGAUCGAUGAUGAUGUCUGGUGAGACUAAGAUGCAGCCAUAAUUUUUCCACAAAUCUUUCAAAAUACUGUAGCAUUUGUAUUAAUUUAUAGCAUAAUUAAUGAAUAAUUAUA